UAGUAUGACUUUGAACAAAUGGAUAUAUAUUGACGAACCAAAUAAAAUAAUCUCACCCCCAUGAAAUUCAACAGUUAUAAAUCCUCCUCCCUCAAACAUCAACAACCACAGAGAGAAAAAAUGGAAGGGAAGCAAAGUGAAGUUGUGUUGUUUGGAUCGUGGUAUAGCUCAUACUGCACUAGAAUUGUGCUAGCACUCAAAAUCAAAGGCAUAAACUUUGAGUACGUGGAAGAAGAUUUAGCAAACAAGAGCGAGUUGCUCAUCAACUACAAUCCAGUCCAUCAAAAAGUCCCUGUGCUCGUCCAUAAGGGAAACCCAAUUGCUGAGUCCUUUGUCAUUCUUGAAUACAUAGAAGAUCAUUGGAACCACCACCCUAAAAUUCUUCCAGAGGACCCUUAUGAAAGAGCCAAAGUUCGCUUCUGGGCUCAAUUCUAUGACCAAAAGAUAAUGUUAGGCGCCUUGCCCAUCCUCAAGUCAUCUGAAGGAGAAGAGAGGGAGAGAGCUUGUGAGGAGCUAUCGAAACUGAUAAGGGUAUUUGAAGAAGGAAUGAAGAAAGAUUUACCUGGAAAAUUUCCCUUCUAUGAUGGAGAAAACUUGGGACUUGUUGAUAUAGUUGUGGGGCCUAAUGCCUCCAACUAUUUGGCCCUGCGUGAGGUUGUUGGACCUGUAAUUGACUCCAAAAGAAACCCUGACUUUUUCUCAUGGGUGGAUGCUUUGAAAGCCCAUCCUCUCAUUAAGGAAACGCUUCCUCCUCAUCAUAAAAUGGUCCAGAAACUGAAAGAGAAGAUCCCUCAAAAGCCCAAAGAUCACUGAAGGAAUCAUAUAGAUAAAGAUAUAUGUUUGACUAUGUUUACCAGUUCAGUGUGGCAUAUGUUUUAUUUCAUUAGUUUGUAUGUAUGAAGAUCUAAAAGCAUUGUAAUAAUCAUAAAUAAACAGAGUUUGCAGGAAUUUUAUGAUGGAAAA